AUGACGGAGGCUAUCAGAGUGCCUGAUUUCCGAACAAAAGGCACAGACUGCGCAGAGUGGGCCAUGCUUAAGCCGUGCUGCAUUGUCUUGCUGGAACCACGGUUCGGCGGUUUCCUCAUCAGUCAGGUGUCCGAGGAAGUCAUCGAGUAUCGAGUUGCGAAACUCUUCUCAUACACAUGGUCUAUGGGAUUCUUCCUGUGCAAGGGGGUACAUUACUUACAGAACGUGUCUGCCAUCUGCUCCGUACUCACGCUUACCGCCAUGAGCAUCGAAAGAUACUAUGCUAUCGUGCACCCCAUGAAAGCCAAAUAUAUGUGCACCAUCAGCCAAGCACGCAAGAUCAUCUUGGGAAUAUGGGUAGCCUCAUUUCUGCUUGCUGUGCCGAACCUCGUCUCACAGGAACAUAUUCUGGUUGGAAUUAAGUACAAGGCGUACUACUGUGUACAGACUAUGGACAAGCCUUCACUGUGGCGUUUCCACGAGGUCUACAUGUUGCUGCUGAUCCUGGUGAUACCGACGUGCAUAAUGAUAGUUGCCUAUGGCUCCAUCUCCUGGGAGAUCUGGCACGUCAUGCAACGGCGCUAUGACAUGACCAGCGGCCAGGCGUUGAACCCAGUCGGAGGACGAGGCGGAGUGGAAAGCUUCCCUCUGCGCUACAGCAAACGCUUCCAGAGAGGCAUGGGUUCCAAUGUGGGCAGUUUCCGGGAGUCCAUCAGGAAGGCGAACGCCAUCAGGACUGAGGAGGAAAACAAUACCGUGAAACAGGUGACUGGCGCUCAUCCAUUCGGUUCACGGAUUCCUGGACUCCAAAACCAUCUCCAUCAACAAAAGACCCACCAGGUUAUCAAGAUGUUAGUGGCUGUUGUGGCGCUCUUUGUCCUGUGCUGGGCUCCGCUCCUCAUUUUGAACGUUCUUUACGCCUACGGAGUAGUCUCCAAGUACAGCAAUGACGUAGAAAUCAAGAAUGUCCAGUCGGGUUUCACUGUCAUGGCCUACUCAAAUAGCUGUAUUAACCCACUAGUGUACGGCUUCAUGUCGAAGAACUUUCGCGAGAGUUUCUACAAGGCCCUGUGCAGAUGUUGUUAUCGAGGAGGCCGAGUCCCGAAACGCCAUUUCUCUCUUUCCCAGACCAGAACGACUUCAGUGCGGUUUAAGUUUCAUCUGCUGGUUGUUAUAGUCCGAAGUAUCCAAUGCCAUUGCAGGAUCAACCGUAGAAGGAAGGACAGUGCUUCGGACGCAGUGUGUCAGUCUCCACGACGCCAUACUGAUGCUGGUGGGGCAGCUGGCGCUGGUGCAGGAGUCGCAGCCAACGAUCGCAGAGGCCACCAUCGACUACGCAGCAAUACCGGCGCAGCUACUGCGCAACCAGCGAAAUGCAAGAAUUUCCUGAAGAUUUCGUGUCAGCCGCAGAGUACAACACAAGGAACUGCUGGGAUAACGUGAACGAAGACAGGGUACAGAGUGAAGAAGUGUGAAAUUUCAGAUCCAAACUGUCAUGUGAAGGAUUUCGCACAGCAGAGAAAUCGGUAGGCUUGUGUGUUCCAGUUUGUCACGGUUGACUAUGACAUAGCUGGUGUCUGCAGACUCAUCACGACAUAUCUGCGAAGGGCUCUGAACACGUACCCUGUCCACAAGCCAACUUCUCCUGGAGCACAAGUUAGAUUACAUGACAACCAGGAUCGCCUCCUUUUGGAAGGAGCCGAGGGUUUUUUCUAACCAAGAUAGGCACUCAGUGCAGAAUUAUACAACCGAGGCUGAAAAUAUACGUGGUAACUAAAGCGGCCAUAGACGCCUAGACUAAAAAUCGAAGCAUUUCCUCUACAUCUUUAAAGUAAAUUAUUCUCUGGCUGCCGGUUUUGCUUUACUUGUGAUAGACCGCAGAGGCUUACGAGACGGUCAAUACAUCUUUUAUAUUCUAAGAGUCUUAAAUCAUAAAUGGCGGGAUGUCUUAUAAAUAAUAUUGUGACGUAUUCGCGCUAUGCAGGACACCCCCUCCCCCUCCAGCGGUCCUAACAGCGCUAGUCAACUCUCAGCCCCCUCCACCGCCAGCGGGGUACCUCACAUCUGCGCUACGAAAACCAACCUGUUAAUGCAGUUUAGGGAAACUCGCAGUUUAUUGUAAAAACCAUACGAAACACAAAAUAACCUUGUGGGAGAAUUUCAUAGUUUAGCUGAAGCAGGUGGUGCAUGUAGGAACAAGUUGUUAUGAAUGGUUCAAUUUACUUGCAUAGUCAAAGAGCUCAGAUUUUAAUAUACGUGGUAGUUCUUCAAAUUCGAAAAACCUGAAAAUAAGAGGCUGGAUUUUUGCGUGGAUCAAAUCAAGAAGUAUGCAAGACUUUUUUAUCAAUGCAUUUCACUUCCCUUUAAAAUACAACUUUCGACACUGCUUCAAAUCUGUAGCAAACUUUGAAAGUAUUGUUAUACAGUUGAAUGUCAUUAUUUUGAAAAUAAACGUUAACAAUGCACGCUGCUGGGAGGAGCGUGUAGUGUACUACAUAUAUUUAAUAUUUGAUUUGUAUGAAAUUAAUGGCCGUGGGGAUUCGUUGCGCUGACCACGCGACACCCUC